AUGCCUAAAGAAAAUAAACAUAGCCGUGGUCGCCGAGACGAGAAGAAAGAGAAGAAACGCAAGAGAGAUAAUGGGGAGGACGAGCCCUCGAAAAGAAGGAAAUCUCAAGAUGCCGACCCCGCGCCAGAGGACGUCGAGUUCACAGGCCUAGACAACAGCGAGCCCAUCCAGAAUGCCGAAGAAACAACAGCUACUGAGCGCCCAUUCUACGGCAUGCUCGAGGACGAAGAGCAGGAGUAUUUCCGCCGUGCAGACGAACUUCUCGAACUGAACGAUUUCCCCUCGGAGGAAGAACAAUCAAUGUUUCUAGCGAAUGUAUAUCGAGAAGCUGAAGGGAAAGAGCUCAAAAUUGCUUGCAGUCAAUCGUGUUCACGGCUGAUGGAACGGUUAAUAUUGCUGAGUUCGCCGGCGCAAAAGAAGAAACUAUUCGGUAACUUUGCGGACAACUUCUCGCAUUUGGUGCAGCAUCGGUUUGCAAGCCACUGCUGUGAGAUGUUGUUUAUUCAGUCUGCGCCCGUUGUGACACAGGAGCUCACUGCGGAUUCGCACCCAGAGGUUGAGGACGGGGAUGAGAAGAAGGAUGUUUCCAUGGAAAGUUUGUUUCUUCAAACCCUCGACGAGUUGGAGGGGAAUAUGACAUUCCUUCUGACAGACAGAUUUGCUUCCCAUACCCUACGAGUUCUGAUGGUUAUCCUUUCGGGUCGGCCCUUAGAGAAAGAAUCGACUAGAUCUCUGCUCCAAAGCAAGAGAAAGGAAAAGACUUCAGUUGGAAACAUGGACUUGACACCUACCGAACUCUCUCUCAACAAGCGCUCUGUUCCUGAAUCCUUCCAAUUCGCUGUCGAGAAGAUAAUCUCAGACACUGUAGCAACAAUGGACACAUCCUUCAUCCGCAUCCUAGCUACACAUCCCACAGGAAACCCUACCCUACAACUUCUCCUCGAACUCGAACUCACCAACCCCACAUCUAAGAAAGGCACCGAGAAAACUAUUAUCUCUGCCCUCCUUCCAGACGACAUCACGACAGAAGGCAGCGACUCCUCCGUCUUCAUGAAUGGCAUCCUGUACGACCCCAUCGGUUCUCGUUUACUUGAAACAAUCUGCACAUAUGCUCCCGGCAAGCUAUUCAAGCAAAUCUACCGCAGCACAUUCAAAGACCGAAUUGCAGGACUCGCUAGAAACGAGAUUUCCAGCUACGUCGUAAUCCGCGUCCUUCAACGACUCAGCAAAGAGGAUCUCGAGGAAGCAGUUGCACAGAUCAGUCCCCAAAUUCUAGGCCUUGUGCAGAGAUCGAGAACCGUGAUCAUCAAGACACUUAUUGAAAGAUGUCACGCACGGGGGGCUAUGAAGUCGUUAGAGGCGCUUACGGAAGCCAUUUCUGCGGCUUAUGAUUGUGAUCCUGCUACAUUGGUACUGAAGAUGGCUUGUAUCGACGACGUCGAAGCCCUUAUCAAAUUCACCACCCACUAUCCCUCUACCCCCCCCACCUCGCACAUAAUCCAAUCCGCCCUCCUCCCCUCAGCCGCCAACGUAACAUUCCGUCGAAAAUUCCUCAACCUACUCUUCCCCCCUCCACCCGAAACCCAAGACCAAGGCCCCUCCACAGAUCCAAUACAAACCCUCGCCCUCUCCCCAACAGGCUCCCACACCCUCGACAGCAUCCUCAAAAGCACAGCCUCCAGCAACCCGCUCUUCAACCAAACCGAACGCAUCGCGCUCGCCCUCACAACCCACGAGCACUUGCUCCGCGAAUCCUGGACCGGCCGCAUCGUGUGGCGGAACUGGAUGCUCGACUUGUUCAAGCGGAAGCGUGGCGAAUGGGUCAACAAGGUUAAAGCUCUGGGCUUAGAAUCCCUGCCUAAAGAAUCACCUGUGCCCCAGGAACAAGCUGAAGAAGAGGGGGGUGGAAAACAGAGGGGGAAGGGGAAGAAAGGAGGGAGGUUCAGCAAGGGCGACGAGAAGACACAGGGCAAGAGUGCGAUCCAGCUUGCGAGGGAGAAAUUCGCUGCGACUAAGCUUGGUGGUAGUAGUGCGGGUGCGGCGAAAGCAGGCAAGGGGAAAGGAUACGGGACAGGUGCGAACCAGGUAGAGAAGAUCGGUGCUUGA